GUAUAAAGUCUGGUAGGUGAGUACGUUAGUCAACUCUUUCAUCAACUGUAGCUGGCAGACAUGUAUGUUUUCAGAAUGUCCAAGAUCAUCUGGGUCCUCGUCUCACUCGGUGCCAGCCUCGUCACGGUCCACUGCACGCAGCACCAGACUGACCCCAAGGAGGCCGAGAGUGCCGAGAUAACGGGUGAGGUGGAUGACACGGAGCCGGCAGACAUCCUCACGGCCGAUGAAGUUCUCAUUCUACCCAUCAACCCACAGCUGGUCCAGCAGGACGGCGAAGAGCCGGAAAGACCGGCAAACGGCCGGGUCUUUGCAUACAACUCGCUACAAGCCAAAGCGAUAAAACCCUCCGUCCAGGGGAGAGAAAAGCCGGAAGGCACGGCACAAGGACGAGUUUUCGCCUACAACUCGUUACAGGCCAAAGGGUCAAGGUCGGACCAAGAUCAAGGUCAAGGUCGCGUGUUCGCGUACAACUCGCUCCAGCAGAAAGACAAGUCGCCGGACGGUAAAGUGUUCGCCUACAAGGCGAGCCCAGCCAAGCAGGCGAACGACGUCAAAGAGGGACAAGUGUUCGCCUACAAGGCGAGUUCAAAAAAGCAGGCGAAUGACGCCAACGCUGGGCCAAAAUUAGAAGACCGAGUUUUCGCCUACCAGGCGAGUUCAGCGAAGCAAGGCAGCCAAGCUGAGAGGGGAGAUCACCGGAACAGUCGGGUUUUUGCUUACCAGUCACUACAGAACAAAGGGAAACAACUAAGAAAAUAAAUUAGACAAAAAAAAAAUAGACACGCGAACUCAAUAUUGAAAGGGAAGCAACCUAUUUGGAAAUCGAAAAUGUAACUGUCUGAUAAUUUUGAUCCAAUUUAGUUUUGUUUGUAAAUGUUUUUUUUCUUUUUGUUGAAUAAAGAAAUAAGAUUAAAUUAUUACGCAGAAUAAAAUACAGUUAAAAUUAA